AUGCUCGUCGGAACGCCGUCAAAACUCUCUCGAAUAGGCGGGUCUCCGUCGAAUAAGAAACGGGUUUGGAUGAUGAUUUUGAAACGAUGGUUUCCCUUACUCGCCGUGGUGAUGACUUUGUUCGUUUUGACGUGGACAGAGGAAACGACGAGAGGAGGAAAAGACAGAGGAGGAGGAAAAGAAUUUAUGACGCGAAGUCUCGAUUUUGACGAGAAGGAUUCUUCCUUUUCGGGAAAGGACGUUUUAUCGUCGUUUACGUCGUCAUCCUCUGAUGGUUUUAAUGGUGGUUUUGGUGGGAAAAGGAGCGGCGAGGAGGAGGAGGAGGAGGAGGAGGAGGAAGAGGACGAACAAAGCGGCGGCGCGAAGAGUGGUUCUAAGAAUACUAAUAACAAUAACAAUAAUAAUAAUCCGUACUCGCUCGUGGCGACGAUCGAGGACGAGGACGACGACGAGGAGAUCGAUGCCGAGGACGCCUCGUCGUCGGAGAGGAGUAGGAGUAGUACGAGUAGUAAUAAUAAUAAUAAUAAUAGCGGUAAAAACAGGGUAGUAGGUAAUAAAAGAAGAAAAUGCGGCAAGCACGGCGCGUAUAGCGAGAAGUUGAACGAAUGCUUGUGUUCGGCGUUGUACGAAGGCGACGGGUGCGAGCGGGUGAAACCGAUGCCGACGGAGUUUAAAGGUUUCGAUUGCUUGAAAACGUUUACGGGCGAAUUCGAAGGCGAUUUAGCCAUCAAUCGAGAUCGAGUUGUGAGAGAUAAGCAAGUCGCGGUGACGUUGCCGGGGAAGGAGAAAGAUCCCGAUGGCGGGUAUCGUAUUCUCGUCCCGAACGAAGAGCCGCUCUUUUCUCAGUUUGCGAAAAUCUUGCCGAAAAAAGACGAAAUUGGACGUUCGUUUUUCGGUACGUGCGCGGUGGUAGGUUCGUCGGGAAUCGUUUUGAAUUACGAACACGGCGGCGAUAUCGACGACCACGACAUGGUUUUUCGUUUCAACAGCGCUCCGACGAGAGGUUUUGAAAAGCACGUCGGCUCGAAAACGACGUACCGAAUCACCAACACCCAAAACUGGGGCUUCCACGAGCCGAAAACGGAGGAGAGCAUUUUAAUCCAUUUCCGCGCGAAAAGCGCCAUCAAAGGUUUGUUUUGGAACUCGAAGCAAAAGAAACCGUUAAAGCUCUACGCGUUCGCGCCGGAUUUCGUGGAAUACGUGGCGCAAAAGGUCAACUUUUUAGCCACUUCCGGUCUGUACGGCAUCUUGUUGGCGUUGCAACGCUGCCACUCCGUCUCCAUCUACGGCUUCCAAGUCUCCACCCAACACGGGACGUUAUACCACUACUACGACCCAUGCGACGUCCCCGCAAACGUCGAACGCGACGACACCGAAUGGAUCGUCAUCCGAGAACUCGCCAAACACGGGUUCAUUUCUUUCCGAGAACCGUGCGUCGCCGAGUGCCACGAAACCAAAACGCAAUGCGACGAAUGUAAAGAAGCGAACGAAGACUUUACGAAAAAAAAAGUCAAACUCCCAUCUCGUGCGAAGUGCGACCCGAACGCGGUCAGUAAAGGGCAUUUGGAAGUGCCGUGGAGGCUCGAACGAAGGCAAGCCAGGAGGAGAGGAGGCGGGCAUAAUAAGUAA